AUGGCGCUUACUGUCCCCAAGGCGCUUCUCAUCUUCCUAUCCCUUUGCGGAUUCUGGACUCUCUGGGUCUUCCCCUAUCAAAAUGGUCUUUUGGCGAUAUUGGGCCGGCAAAGUGAGCCUGGCGCCGUGAUACCAGGCCCUACUCCAGCGCCCAUGAAGCAGACAUACACGGGGAUUGGAGUGGUGGAUAGACAAUUGACCACUCUGGUCAGUUUCUUCUACACAGCUAUCGACGGCAACCGAGCAGAUGUAUCGCUCUCCUUCCUAUAUCUUGGUGGACAAGUCCUCUCAGCAUGGGUGUUGAUCAUGAUCGAGAGUCUCCGCGUCGGCAACGAGAAAAAGUUCAUCCUUAUGGCAACGACCUUGUUCGGCGUUGGAGUGGCAAUCAUCGGAUAUGCCUGCGUUGCGCCCCUCUGGUUUGCGCUUCAUCUAGGGCUGUCGCCGGCAGUGGUUGACCCUCAGGACUUCCAACUCAUCGUGGACGUCCCAGUGAGGCUCGCCAUUGUGCCAAUCAGCAUUCUAGUGGGCUUUGGGCUGCCGUCUCUGUUGAUGUGCCUUCCCGCGCCCACGGUGGUCUCAUUCGAGACGAAGCAGACUUGGACGGGAAUCCAACAGGGUUGGUCCAUUUGGAUUGGUCUGACGCACCUGAUUUUGACGUCCAUCGCCACGGGUCGGGACCCAAGGGCUGGGUCUCUGACGGAAAGUGACAAGAGAGCCAAAACCGUCAAGUAUCUGCGUCAGGCUUAUGCAUUCUCGAUCGCGUGCUCGGCUGCAUCACACCUUACGGCGUGGAGUCUCUCGCUUCUGGCGUUUGCUUUCCCGGUCUUGUUCAGCCCAACCUAUUUGCCACAGUUUCAACCGGCUAAGGUCUUCCUUCCUGUUCUGCCGUUUGGUCAACACGACGUCAAAGUCCUUGCCGAUGGUGCUCUUUGGUUUUUGCAGUGGGAUAUCCUGGUGGGUGUCUCGGCCACUUUGCUCUGGGGUCUGACCUUGCGAGUUGCCGCCAAACGUGAACACGCAACACUCAUCCAAACCCUCGUUGAAGCGAUCAAGGUUUCACUGGUAACACUUGUUUUGGGACCCUGUGGAACGGCUGCUGUGGCCAUAUGGGGUCGCGAUGAGCUCGUAUUUCAACGCUCGGAUGCUCAAGUCAGCACGACCGCAAAGAAGGAUCAGUGA